GUUAAAAAAGUUCCCCGACCGCUGAUUUAGAGAAUUAAAGUGUAUUUAGAAGUGAUUGCGGAUCGUUGCUAUGGUGAAUGAAGGUGACAUGUUUGUUUGUGAUUGAAUCGUCGGUGAUGGGGAGGGUUUGAUAAAUUUGGCAGUGCAAAAUGAUUAACAAAAUUGCUGGAGGAAAAACAUGAAUGAGGACGAGUCGAAUGUGGAGGAAAUUGCUGUGAAGAGAGAGGUGACACUUGAUAAUGUGCGGUUCCCACACCACAGGGACACUCUGAGCAGGGCCGUCGAUGUGAAAGCGCUAAAGAGUUAUAAUGCGCCCUUGGAUCACGAUCCUGAGACUUCUGCUGCGUCAGAGCUACCGGAAGAUGAUGAGGAUGAACCGGAACCUAGCGACGAGUCGGAAGGAGCUGUAUCCGAUAGCUCUUGUUGUUCUUCGACACUUGUUUACAAGCGAAUUGAAGAGAAACUUAGUUCUAGUUAUCAUCUGAUCGAGAUCAGAAGGUUGACCGACGCUAACCAGGUGGAGGUGAUGAGAUGCGAGACAACAUGUAAGAAUCUACCAGAAAGUGAAGACACGAAGAUGCAGGUAAUGAUGGAAUCCUCGGAGCCGACCAAGAAGGUAGCGGAGAACGUGGAGGCGAUGUGGUCGAGGAAGAAUCGCGGUAAAAAAGGCGGUUCUCAUAGGAGGAAUAGCGAGCCCGGGGAGCUGGUGCGUAACAGGAAGGGCAGCACCAUGUGGAAAUUUAAAGGUGGCGCAGCAGUAAAUCCUCUGGUCAAGAACAAACGUUUCGAUCAGGCGGAGAGGAAGAAGCUGUACAAAGUACGGGUGAAGCGCAAACCGAACACAUCCGCCUUCGAUGCAGGAAGGAUCUACAAAGUUAAUGGUAUCAACCCUACACGCCCAUACUCGUUUUUCCGUAAAGUGCAGUAGCUCGCAGUCCGUCGCGAACUCUUGUCGCCGCUGCAAAAGAAUAAAAUAUGUCGGGUUGUUCG